AGUGCGCAGACGCGCGCUGCGACGCCAACCUCGGCUUCUGGCAGCUAACGACAUCGAGGCUGGACGCCGCGUGACCCGCCUGGGCCGGAGCGGGGGCGGACGGCGCCUUCUUGGCCCUUUCUGCCUCUAGCAGGGGCGCCGGGGUAGCCGGAGCCAGCGACUGGGAAACGGCUGCAUCCCGCUGCCUCUCCUUGGCCUGGCUGGGCGGUCGGAGGCUGGUCUGCCAAGAUUACUGUUUGGGGACCGCUGCAGCCCACGUCCACCUGAUAGACUAUUACUACACGUAGUAGGGUCAGAGCCGCUAAAUGUCCAAGACCAUGGCGAUGAACCUUCUGGAGGAUUGGUGCAGGGGAAUGGAAGUGGACAUCCACAGGUCCUUAUUGGUCACAGGCAUCCCAGAGGACUGUGGCCAGGCAGAAAUUGAGGAGACCUUGAAUGGGGUCCUCUCCCCACUGGGCCCGUACCGCGUGCUCAACAAGAUUUUUGUGAGGGAAGAGAAUGUUAAAGCUGCCCUCAUUGAGGUUGGUGAAGGUGUGAAUCUGAGCACCAUCCCCCGUGAAUUCCCAGGAAGGGGUGGUGUCUGGAGAGUGGUCUGUAGAGACCCUACCCAGGAUGCUGAGUUUUUAAAAAAUCUGAAUGAAUUCCUGGAUGCUGAGGGGCGCACCUGGGAGGAUGUGGUCCGCCUGCUCCAGCUCAACCACCCCACACUGUCCCAGAACCAGCAUCAGCCCCCAGAGAACUGGGCAGAAGCUUUGGGGGUGCUCCUGGGAGCGGUGGUGCAGAUCAUCUUCUGCAUGGAUGCCGAGAUCCGCAGCCGGGAGGAAGCCAGGGCCCAGGAGGCCGCUGAGUUCGAGGAGAUGGCAGCCUGGGCUUUAGCAGCAGGGAAGAAGGUCAAGAAAGAACCGGGGCUUGCAGCAGAGGUGGGUUCUGCCUUAAAGGCAGAGACCCCCAACAACUGGAACGCCACGGAAGACCAGCAUGACCCUCCCAAACCUUUGGUUCGCAGGGCUGGAGCUAAGACUCGCUCCAGGAGAAAGAAGCAGAAGAAGAACCCCAAGCAGGAAGCAGUGCCCUGGAAAAAACCCAAAGGCAUCAAUUCCAACAGCACAGCCAACUUGGAGGGUGCUGAGGCGAGUGAUGCUGAAAGCAUGGCAAUCUCAGAGCCGAUGAAGGGCAGCAGAAAGCCCUGUGUGAAGCAGGAGGAGUUGGCUUUGAAGAAGCCCAUGGCGAAAUGUGCCUGGAAGGGUCCCAGAGAGCCACCUCAGGAUGGCCGGGCAGAAAUCGAGAGCCCAGGAGGCGCCUCUGAGUCAGACCAAGAUGGUGGCCAUGAAAGCCCACCAAAGAAGAAGGCCAUGGCCUGGGUCUCUGCUAAGAACCCCGCUCCAAUGAGGAAGAAGAAGAAGGUUAGCUUGGGCCCUGUCUCUUACGUCUUGGUUGACUCAGAAGAUGGCAGGAAGAAGCCGGUGAUGCCAAAGAAAGGGCCGGGCUCAAGAAGGGAGGCAUCAGUUCAGAAGGCCCCUCGAGGCCAGCAGCCUGCCGAGGCAACAGCCUCAACCUCUAGGGGUCCGAAGGCCAAGCCAGAAGGCUCUCCUCGGCGUGCCACCAAUGGUGAGAAUGACAGCAGAAGUGACUGGGCUCGUGCCAGCAAGUGGAUGAGGCAGGAGGAGCAGGAGUGGCAGAAUCCAGAAAGGUUUGAUCUGGGGGACCACCCAUACUGAGGAGUUGAAAGAACAAGGAAGAAGUUCCAAGUCAACCAAGUUUUCUCUUGCCACUGAAUAAAAUAAGACUUUGGACUCUCUUAGGGCCCCUGUUGAUAGAGAUCUGGCUCUGAGGUAAACGAUAGGUGAGGUCUUGGGUGGGAGGGAGUUGGGGAAGGGAGGUGGAUCUCUAUGCUCUUUUCUCUACCAGGCCUGCCGUUUCACCGCCUCCUCUACUCCCGCCUCCUCUACUCACCUUCCCUUCAGAGGCAGGAGAGUUGGUAAGAGGAUUGGGAAAAUUCUAGAACAUUCAUUCCCCUUUAUGCAUGAGCAGGGUCAUUGUUAACACUCAUCCAUGUUCAGCUUUUCUCCCCCACGCCUCGCUCUCUCCUCGGAAUGGUCAGCGACCUCUGCAGGCCCUGGCAUUUGGAAGAGCUGGGUGGCCCUGCCGUAUUCUCCCUCCCGCCUUCCUCUCGUGUAACCAGCGGGGUAAGUUAAGCCAGGACUUUCACUGCAAACCUGGCUUCAUUGCUCCUUCAGUCUCAGCUUCUAUUCUCCAGUUAUCUAGCCAGGAGGUCCCAAGAGUUAGUUUUAGGGAAAAAGAAUGUCUGCCUAGACCUCAAAGUCUUUGAGUUUUAGAGUCUGUUAGUAAAAAUGGCACUUUGAUUCCCAUUUGGGAUGAGCCCUCUUAGGAAUCCUGUGGGGAAGGGGGGUGAUUGUAGGGAAGGAUGCAGGCAUUCCUAGGCCCCCAGCUCCAAUUCCAUCCGUCUACCAAACUGUCACACCAUCUUUGCACCAAACUGUCACCAUCUUUGCAGCAGAAGGUCACUACUCACAUUAUAGUAAGAGGGCAAAAAUAUCUUUUAAAACUUUGCUGUUGGCCGGGCGUGGUGGCUCACGCCUGUAAUCCCAGCACUUUGGGAGGCCGAGGCGGGUUUGAGGUCAGGAGUUUGAGACCAGCUUGACCAACAUGGUGAAACCCCAUCUCUACUAAAAAUACAAAAAUUAGCUGGACGUGGUGGCACGUGCCUGUAAUCCCAGCUACUCAGGAGGCUGAGGCAGAAGAAUUGCUUGAAUCCAGGAGGCGGAGGUUGCAAUGAGCUGAGAUUGUGCCACGGCACUCCAGCCUGGGCGGCAAAGUGAGACUCUGUCUCAAAAAACAAACAAAAAAAUUUGGCUGUUAAUGUCUGCCCUCUGAAUUCAGACACACUAUAUUAGACCAGACCAGUGUGUGUGUGUGUGUGUGUGUGUGUGUGUGUGUGUGUGUGUGUGUUUGCGUGCGCAUGUGUAGAGGAGAGGGCAGGGUCCCUGAGAUAAUAGUUUCCAAACUGUAUCCUAGACGUCCACAAAGAUGUAAUCCGAAUCUAUUUUUUUCACGUGUUUGAAAAACUGAAAAGUGACUACUCAGAUUUGUUGGAAGUCACGUUGAAGACUAUCAGAAUAUUACCUUGUGUUCAUAGGUUAACUUGUUUUUGUACACGUCUUGAGUUAGUUAUUUCUGGCAUCUCUUUGCUUAAAAUUGAGUUUCUUGUAAAUGUGACUGAUGAGCGAGGUUAGAAGUGGAAGAAAUUCCUGUGCAUGUCCUAUAAUCUGACACCCUGAAAGCAAGUUUCCUUUCGUCAUUCACAUGCUCUUGUUCUGCUGUGGCUCUUCAGUUGUGUGGUAGUAAGUAAAUGUAUCAACAUGGUGAACAGUAGUAAUAUUCUAUCAUAGAGUAUUAGCCCUUGCAAGUUUUCAGGGCGUCUUUUCCGACUUCAGUUUUUGUGAUAAAGAAUGUAAACAGUUGUUAGAUGUUCUCAGUGAUUCAACUUUAAAACAAAUUUCUCGUGAUGAUUUAUUUCAAAAUCCUGAGUGAGUCUGACUGAAAAAUACAAGAGGAAAGAGAGUGGUUUCCGUUUGCAGCUACACAGCUGUGUGCAUCGAAGUUCUCCUGGGGUGUGUGCCAAACAAAACCCAGGGGUGAAUUGGAUUCUUGAAGAGACCAAAGCCUGCAACUGUCCAGCUUCUAAUUUCAAAACGGGUCCAUUAGGGCUCCAUUGUGUUAACAAGUUGACACCAUGACUAGUAAAUGUAAACGUGUAUGUAUAAAAUAAAGUUUAGCAAAUUAA